AUGUUGACCAUACGAUCCAUGCUUGUAUUAUCUGCAGCCUAUCUUGCUGGUUCAUGCGUACUUGCACUACCAGUGUUUGACGCCGAAUUAGCAGCAAGUCCCUUUGUACACGACUCGAGACUCAACUAUUAUCAAAAGCGAGCGUUUGAAGAAGGUCCUAGGAAUCCACUCGAAAUGAACAAGCUUUUGGGUAUGGCGGAUAUCAAUGAUUAUCCGAUGUGA